GGCACUUUUCCCGCGCUUUUUCGCUCCCCCUCAGAGCCCCCCGGCCAUGAUGGCGGAGGCUCUGGGGCGCUGGCUCCGGGAGGAGAUGGAGCUGCCGCCCUCCGCCGCCCCCUCCCCGGCCGCGCUCCGCAGGCUCUGCUCCGGCCCCACAGCCCCCGUUUGGGAUUACGUCACCCGCCACGUCCGGAACCACCGGAACGUGAAGAAGAUUCGGGGAAAUCUGCGCUGGUAUGGGCACCUGCAGGAGCUGGAGGCCGCCGCCGGUCCUCCGAGCCAGCAGGGGGCGCAGCGCGCAUCGGCGGCGCGCCUCCGGAAGGAGCUGCAGGGCCUGGGGGACGCCAUUGCGGACGCACAGGAAACGGCGCAGCGCCUCGAGGCCUCCCUGGAGGAGGGGCAAAGCCACAGGUGGGCGGAGCUUCAGCGAGGGGCGGAGCUUCGGCUGCUGGGGGCGGGGCUGAGCCCCGCAGGGCUGCGGGACGGCCACCAGGGGGCGCUAAAGGCCUUCCCGCCAAGGCCGGGCCAGAGCCAGGCGGAGCUUUCGGCCAUCUUGGCCUCGGGGGUGGAGCCGGAAGUGCUGGUGUCAAUCAAGGCCCUGUGCCGAGCCAGGGAGGCGGAGCUGCAGAGGCCACGCCCACACCGAGCUGCCAAUCACUCAGAGAAAGGCCAGCAAGAACCGGAUUGGCUGGAACAGGCUGAGGCUGUGCUGAUUGGCCACAGCCCGGGGGCGGUGCUGUGGGCGCUGGAGGCCUUGGCCAAUCAGAGCACCAGGGCUCUCCUGGCUGGCCCCGCCCCCUCAGCUGAGGCCCCGCCCACCCUGAGGAGCCUCCUGCAGGAGCGCUGGGGGGCCGUGGGGGGGGUGUGGGGGGCGCUGCCCCCCCUCCUGUCCCACUUGGCCCACCUGAGGGGGCGCCUGGGGACGCACCUGGAGCGGGGGAGGGGCACGGACGGCGCUGCCAGGCUGUUCCUGCUCCGGGCGGGGCUCGCCGCCUUCCGGGGCUCCCUGCGCCGGGCGCUGCGGCGGCUGCGGCCCCAAAACCGCCCCAAUUCACCCCAAAAAUCCCCCCGGGCACCCCGGGAACCGCAAAGCCCCGCCCCGAAACCCCAAAGACCCCAAAAUUCGGCCCCAAAAUCCCCAGAUUUGGCCCCAAAAUUGGCUCUAAAAACUGAAAAUUCCGCCUCAAAACCCCAAAAUCCGCAAAAUUCGGCCCCAAAAUCCCCGGAUUUGGCCCCAAAAUUGGCUCUAAAAACUGAAAAUUCGGCCCCAAAACCCCAAAAUUCGGUCUCAAAACCCCCGGAUUUGGGCCCAAAAUCGGCUCUAAAACCCCAAAAUUUGGCCCCAAAACCCCAAAAUUUGGCCCCAAAACCCCAAAAUCCGCAAAAUUCGGCCCCAAAAUCCUCGGAUUUGGCCCCAAAAUCGGCUCUAAAACCCCAAAAUUCGGCCCCAAAUCCCCAAAAUUCGGCCCCAAAAUCCCCGGAUUUGGCCCCAAAAUUGGCUCUAAAACCUGAAAAUUCAGCCCCAAAAUCGCCAAAUUCGGCCCCGAAAUCUCCAAAUUUGGUCCCAAAAUUUGAGAAUUCAGCCCCAAAAUCGCCAAAUUCGGCCCCAAAACCCCAAAAUUCGGCCCCAAAAUCCCCGGAUUUGGCCCCAAAAUCGGCUCUAAAAACCCAAAAUUCGGCCCCAAAAUCUCCAAAUUCGGCCCCAAAAUCCCCGAAUUCGGCCCCAAAAUCCCCCAAUUCGGCCCCAAAAUCCCCAGAUUUGGCCCCAAAAUCGGCUCUAAAAUCUGAAAAUUCAGCCCCAAAAUCUCCAAAUUCGGCCCCAAAAUCUCCAAAUUUGGCCCCAAAAUUUGAGAAUUCGGCCCCAAAGCCCCAAAAUCCCCAAAAUUCGGCUCCAAAAUCCCCGGAUUUGGCCCCAAAAUCUGCUCUAAAAACCCAAAAUUCGGCCCCAAAAUCCCCAAAUUCGGCCCCAAAAUCCCCAAAUUUUGCCCCAAAAUUUGAGAAUUCGGCCCCAAAACCCCAAAAUCCGCAAAAUUCGGCCCCAAAAUCCCCGGAUUUGGCCCCAAAAUUGGCUCUAAAACCCCAAAAUUUGGCCCCAAAACCCCAAAAUUCGGCCUCAAAACCCCAAAAUCCGCAAAAUUCAGCCCCAAAAUCCACGGAUUUGGCCCCAAAAUCAGCUCUAAAAACUGAAAAUUCGGCCCCAAAACCCCAAAAUUCGGCCUCAAAACCCCAAAAUCCGCAAAAUUCGCCCCCAAAAUUCCCGGAUUUGGCCCCAAAAUUGGCUCUAAAACCCCAAAAUUCGGCCCCAAAAUCUCCAAAUUUGGCCCCAAAAUUUGAGAAUUCGGCCCCAAAAUCGCCAAAUUCAGCCCCAAAACCCCAAAAUCCCCAAAAUUCGGCUCCAAAAUCCCCGGAUUUGGCCCCAAAAUCGGGUCUAAAAACCCAAAAUUCGGCCCCAAAAUCCCCAAAUUUGGCCCCAAAAUCCCCAAAUUCGGCCCCAAAAUCCCCAAAUUUUGCCCCGAAAUCCCCAAAUUUUGCCCCAAAAUCCCCGAAUUCGGCCCCAAAAUCCCCAAAUUUUGCCCCAAAAUCCCCAAAUUUGGCCCCAAAAUCCCCGAAUUCGGCCCCAAAAUCCCCGAAUUUUGCCCCAAAAUCCCCGAAUUUGGCCCCGAAAUCGCGGAGCUGGGCCCCAAACCCGGCGGAUUUUGCCCCAAACCCGGCGGAUUUUGCCCCAAACCCGGCGGAUUUUGCCCCAAACUCGGCCCUGGAGCGGCUCCGGCGGCGGCUGCAGCGGGGGAGGGGCCGAGCGGUGCAGCUGCAGCAGCGCCUGCGAUUCCUGAGCGCCGCCAGCAGGGGGCGCCGAGCGGCGCUGCGCCCUCUGCAGGAGCAGGUUGUGGGCGUGGCACGGGCGGGGCCGGGCUCGGCCUCUCCCCUGCUGGAGGGGGCGUGGCUCCGUCACCGGCAGCUGGCCCUGGGAGCCCUGGAAGAGCCCCGCCCCCCGGCCCAGGCCACGCCCCCUCUGCAGGGGCUGGCCCGGGAGAUGGGCGUGGCACAGCAGGGGGCGCUGCUGUCCCGGGCGGCCAUCUUGCGGCAGGAGCUCCGCCAGGGGGCGCUGCGCCUGCGGCAGGGGGCGGGGCCGGCCCUGGGGGCGGGGCCAGAGCCGGCGGCCCCUCCCCUCCACGAGGGCGUGGCCGAGCUGCUGCCCCAGCUGCGAUUGGUCAGCGACGGCUGCCGGCAGCGAAUCAGGGACUGGCCCCGCCUCCGGGAGCUCGUCAGCGAAUGGUGGGCCCAGCCGGCUCAGUGGGCCCUGGCCACGCCCUCCGGCCACGCCCCCUUCGCCCAUUGGCUGCAGCGCUGGAGAGCCGCCGCCCACACCCUGCAGGCCACGCCCACCCCCGAGGAGGCCCCGCCCACUGCGGGGCAGGGGGAGGAGCGAGGGGAGGAGGCUCCGCCCCUCUGAGGCCCUCCAGAGGCUCUGAUUGGUCGGGAAUAAAAAGGGGUGGGGAAA